CCGGUGCCCAGGCCCUGGGGGCUCCCUAGAGGAUGGGGUGACAGAUCAAGAGGACCUGGGGAAGGCCGAGAGAGGUGGGAGGCAUGGGGUUUCAGACCUUUGGAUUUUCGGCCCCCAAACAUUUAACAUAUGGUUGGGGACAGAUUAAAGAUUGCCAACUUUUUAUCCAGAGUGGAGACUUCGGUGUGUAGGGGCUACGUAGUGGGAAUGGAAAAUUCCUAAAGAGGGAACCUUGGAAAUACCAGGUUUUACAGGUGGGUAGAAGAGGAGUUGCAAUCCAUAGAUACCACGACAGAAGAACCAGAGGGCAUACAAAUUGGGAAGAAAGCUUCAGAAACCAAGGAAAUAAAAUUUUGAGAACAGUAAAUACAGUAUCAAGAGGAACAUUUUUGAAGAAAUACAGUCAUCGGGGCGAUACAAGAUUCACAAUGGAGGUUCCCCCAGCAACCAAAUUUGGUGAGACCUUUGUGUUUGAGGACAGGUUAGAGAUGCAGCAAGAGCUUUUCCCUGGGGAGGACCUGGCGGACCCUUUUCUUCAGGAGAGAGGUUUGGAGCAGAUGGCUGUUAUCUACAAAGAGAUCCCUCUUGGGGGGGAAGACGAGGACCAUGAUGAUUACGAGGGGAACUUCAGUCUGUGCCCAAGCCCUGUUCAGCAUCAGAGUGUCCACCCAGGAACCAGAGCCCAGGACGAUGACCUAUUUAGCCAAACCUUCCUCCAGAAAUCCGACCUCAGCAUGUGUCAGAUAUUGCACAGGGAAGGAGAGUCCAGGCCACGUGAUUGUGUGGAAGUGGCAGGCAGGGGGGACUCGGGACCUACCGCACCUCACAGAACGCCUCCGCCAGCCAAGCCCUACGCAUGUCGAGAGUGCGGGAAGGCCUUCAGCCAGAGCUCGCACCUCCUCCGGCACCUGGUGAUCCACACCGGGGAGAAGCCCUACGAGUGCUGCGAGUGCGGGAAGGCCUUCAGCCAGAGCUCGCACCUCCUCAGACAUCAGGUCAUCCACACCGGGGAGAAGCCCUACGAGUGCCGGGAGUGCGGAAAGGCCUUCCGCCAGAGCUCUGCACUCACGCAGCACCAGAAGAUCCACACGGGGAAAAGGCCCUACGAGUGCAGGGAGUGCGGGAAAGAUUUCAGCCGGAGCUCCAGCCUCCGGAAACACGAGAGGAUCCAUACAGGAGAGAGACCAUAUCAGUGUAAGGAAUGCGGGAAAUCCUUCAACCAGAGCUCAGGCCUGAGCCAGCACCGGAAAAUCCACACCCUCAAGAAACCUCACGAGUGCGACCUCUGUGGGAAAGCCUUCUGUCACAGGUCGCACCUCAUCCGGCACCAGCGGAUCCACACUGGGAAGAAGCCUUACAAAUGUGACGAGUGCGGGAAGGCCUUCAGCCAGAGCUCCAACCUCAUUGAGCACCGGAAGACCCACACGGGCGAGAAGCCCUACAAGUGCCACAAGUGCGGCAAGGCCUUCAGCCAGAGCUCCUCGCUCAUUGAGCACCAGCGCAUCCACACUGGCGAGAAGCCCUACGAGUGCUGCCAGUGUGGCAAGGCCUUCUGCCAUAGCUCCGCUCUGAUCCAGCACCAGAGAAUCCACACCGGCAAGAAGCCAUACGCCUGCGAGUGUGGCAAAGCCUUCCGGCACAGGUCGGCCCUCAUCGAGCACUACAAGACCCACACCAGAGAGAAGCCCUACGUGUGCAACCUGUGCAGCAAGUCCUUCAGGGGCAGCUCACACCUGAUCCGGCAUCAGAAGAUCCAUGCUGGGGACAAACUGUAGGAGGAGGAGCCUGCACCACAGUUUGGAAGUCUUUGCCAGCUGGAGCCGUACCCAUGUUGCUUUUUGGCUAAGAUCCCGACUACCUCCCUGACAACGAUGCCCAGUGGAGCCCCUCUGACUCAAGUGCUCCUGAGUGUCCCACUAGCAGGAAGGCCCACCGGGUGGCACCCAGCCCAGCAGCUUUCCUGCAUGGGAGGGAGGGCAGGGUGACGGGGCUGCCUGCCAGACAGAGAGCUGCCCUUCAGUGUCCUCAUUCUCCUACUUGACUCCCGAGCCUACGAGACUUCAUUCUGCCCUCUCUUCGCUUUUCCCAGAAUGCAGAGGAAGAACAAAUGCCAAGAGGAAGAAAGCUUAGUUAAACCCAGGAAAAUGUCAGAUUAACUCUUGGAAUCAGGCUGCCGUCUGGCACUUUUAGAAGACAGAAACCACGUUCACAGUCCACAGCAGCAGAAGAAAAACGCAUUCCAAAAUAGAUACGUCAGCGUUAAAACAGAAAUUUCUGCCUGGAUUGGGCAUGGGUGGAGACAACCCAACAGGUCAACAGAGCAAGGAGGGUCUGCAAGGAUGGGUCUUGGGGUUGGGGGCGAAGGGGUGAGCCCCUAGGCGGGGUCUCUGAGCCCCCUCCUCUUAGCGUGAGGACAUCUGACUCAGCCUGGGCACCGGCAUUACUGCCUUCCAGGGAUAACCCGUCCCUGGGCCCCAGUGCCCCCAAGACCACAGUGUGCCUUGGACAUCAGCAGAGCCUGUUUCUGGCCUGGUCUGGCAGUAACACAGCCUCACCACCCAUGUCAGGGGACGCAGGAAGCAGGGUGGUUUGGUGGAGGAGGCCGUGGUCCAGUCAAAAGGCCUGGUUUGGCCGGGCGUGGUGGCUCACGCCUGUAAUCCUAGCACUCUGGGAGGCUGAAGCGGGCAGAUUGCUCAA